AAGGAACCUCUAGUUACAAAUCUAGGAAUUCUGAAUUUAGAACAUUACCGCCUAAAGUCCGAGUUACAGUACCCAGUUUGUCUGCUCAGAAAAUAAACAAAGAUCAGCUCAAUGGAAUGUUUGGUUCUCUGUCGCCAUUAUCCAUUAACACAGAACAUGGCGACACAAUCAAGUCAGCAGAAGCUGUAUCGUCUCCUCCAGUCAAACCACUGCUUGAUGAGCCGCGCGUCACCGCCGCCAUAGACACUGGGUAUAGAUAUCUAUACAGUGUUAGCUGUCUGAGUGAAGAUCAAGUCUGGACACGCGGGGAGAACAAAACCAUGAAGCUGCUCAACCUCCAGAGUAAACUACUGACAUCAAUACAAACCAAGUCAGGGGACGGACCGCGGGACAUAGCAGUGACACGGGACGGAGAUCUUGUUUAUACUGACUAUGAUGAUAACACUAUAAACUUAAUUAAGAAUAAACAGAUACAGACCGUGAUCACACUACAGGGGUGGAGACCUCUCCGUGUCUGCUGUACCGCGGGUAACGACCUCCUGGUUACCAUGGUCAGUGAUGAUAGAAAACAAUCCAAAGUCGUGCGUUACUCCGGCUCCACAGAGAAACAAAGCAUUCAGUUUGAUGAUCAGGGUCGUCCUCUCUAUUCUCGUGGUUAUAUCAUUACCAUUAACACUAAAUACCUCAGUGAGAACAAGAACCUGGAUAUCUGUGUGGCUGACUGGGACGCUAGUGCAGUAGUGGUGGUCAAUCAGUCAGGAAAACUCCGAUUUAGAUACACUGGUCAUCCCUCUAAUACCAAGCAAUCAUUUUAUCCAUUCUGCAUCACUACAGACAGCCAGAGUCACAUCCUGACAGCAAACCUUAACAAUAACCGUAUCCACAUCCUAGAUCAGGACGGACAGUUCCUCCGUUACAUUCACUGUGAUUUACGCCGUCCAUUCGGUUUAUGUGUGGACAUCAGAGACAACCUCUUUGUGGCUGAGUGUUACACUGCUAAAGUGAAGAAAAUCCAAUAUCUAUAAACACAGUGUUAAUUACACAACUCUACAGUGUUAAUUACACAUCUAAAAACCCUGUUAAUUACACAUCUAAAAACUCUGUUAAUUACACAUCUAAAAACCCUGUUAAUUACACACCUAAACACAGUGUUAAUUGCAUCUUUGUGUUGAUUACAGCUGCAUGUUGAUUACAUCUGCUUGUUGAUUACAGCCCUGUGUUAAUUACAGCCCUGUGUUAAUUACAGACCAGAGUUUGUGAUGUGUAACAUGUACUUGUGUUUGUGAGUUUAACUGAACAGUCUGACAUUAUUUUGUUUGUGAAUUAAUUCAAUAUGUGUUUGAUUUUACAAUGUAUAUAUUAGAUAAACAUGAUACAGAG